AUAAAGCCGCCGUGGAGUGGGUUCGUGUGACGUCACGUCAGGUUACCCGGAUGCGGAUGUAACCUUACUGGGUCGCCAUGGGGAGUAAGAUGGCGGCAGCCAGCAGGGUCGUUCAGGUUGUAAAGCCACAUGUCCCAGCUAUUCGAUUCCCUGAUAGAAAGAACAGUCCUAAGCCCAAUGUGCAGGAAGCCUUGAAGACCAUGCUCUUUCCAUUUAGUGUGCCAUCGUUACAGACUCAUGAUGCAGCAAGUGGAAAUCCCCCAGGUCUUUAUAAUACGCCAUCUACCCGCAAAGCACAAAGCGCCCCUGAUACUUCUGACUUAUUCAAAUCACUACCACAGAAAUACAGGAGAAAACAUGUGACUAGUGAGGAAAUGGAAUAUAUUCAGCGUGGAGGUCCUGAAUGAAAAUGAAGAGCUCAGAUUCCCACCAGUAUAAACCUGUUGUUACCAAGUUCUUGGACCCAUAUAAUUGUAUGUUAACAAUUGUAAAUGACUAGCUUUAAUAAAGAAACUCGAUUCCUCAUGCACAGGGGAAACUCAAACGCUACAUUAGAAAAGUGUUUUUGCGUUUUGUACAAAUUUAAUUGACUUAUUUGUAACUUUUAA